AGAAGAAGACGCGGCGUACGUACGAACGUGCGCACGCUGCCAGGCUGCUUUUGCUAUCACUUCUUUCCAGUUUACCAUGGCUGCUUCAAAGCCAGUCGAGCCGCAGUCCGGGACGGGCCUGCCCCGCUGGCAGCUGGCCUUGUUAGUCGGGACUCCCAUAGUGCUGGGUGUGGGUGCCGUGUAUCUAUGGAACCGCAGCAGGGCCAAACAGAAACGGGGUAAAGGCAGCGGAGAGCGGAAGACUCCAGAAGGCAGCGCUAGUCCUGUGCAGGGCCAAGACGGCGCAGCAAAAGCAAACCAAGAGCACGAGAAUCUGAGCCCAUUGGAUAAAGCCCAGGCAGCAAAGAACAAGGGCAAUAAAUACUUCAAAGCUGGAAAAUAUGAGAAUGCCAUCCAGUGCUACACAGAAGCCAUCAGUCUCUGUCCAGCUGAGCAGAAGAACGACCUGUCCACAUUUUACCAAAACAGAGCAGCAGCCUAUGAACAGCUGAGCAAAUGGACAGAGGUGGUGCAGGACUGUUCUAAGGCAGUUGAGUUGAAUCCACGCUAUAUUAAGGCCUUGUUCAGGAGGGCCAAAGCUCUGGAAAAAUUGGAUAACAAAAAAGAGUGUCUUGAGGAUGUCACAGCUGUCUGCAUUCUUGAGCAAUUCCAAAACCAACAGAGCAUGCUCCUGGCAGACAAAGUCCUCAAACAACUGGGUAAAGAGAAGGCCAAAGAAAAGUACAAGAAUCGGGAACCCAUGAUGCCUUCUCCUCAAUUUAUCAAGUCAUACUUUAGUUCUUUUACGGAUGACAUAAUCUCACAACCUCUACAAAAGGGCGAAAAAGAUGAAGACAAGGACAAAGAGGGUGAGGCAGCUGAGGUCUCUGAGAGCUCGGGCUACCUGAAAGCAAAACAGUACAUGGAAGAGGAGAACUAUGAUAAAAUCAUCAGUGAAUGCACAAAAGAGAUUGACUCAGAGGGCCGGUACACGGCUGAGGCCUUGUUGCUGCGUGCAACGUUUUACCUCCUGAUUGGGAACGCUACAGCUGCUCAGCCUGAUCUGGACCGUGUAAUCAACAUGAAGGAGGCCAAUGUCAAGUUAAGAGCCAACGCUUUAAUCAAACGAGGGAGUAUGUACAUGCAGCAGCAGCAGCCUCUUCUCUCCACUCAAGACUUCAACAUGGCCGCUGAGAUUGAUACACGAAACCCAGAUGUCUAUCACCACAGGGGGCAGUUAAAGAUCUUGCUGGACCAGGUGGAUGAGGCUGUUGGAGACUUUGAUGAGUGCAUUCUUCUUAGACCUGACUCUGCACUGGCACAAGCACAAAAAUGUUUUGCUCUUUAUAGACAAGCUUAUACUGGAAAUAACCCUGCACAAGUACAGACGGCCAUGGAUGGCUUUGAGGAUGUCAUCAAAAGAUUUCCCAAAUGUGCUGAAGGAUACGCUCUGUAUGCUCAGGCUUUGACUGAUCAACAGCAGUUUGGGAAAGCCGACGAGAUGUAUGACAAAUGUAUUGAGCUUGAACCUGACAAUGCUACUACAUAUGUCCACAAAGGUUUAUUACAGCUUCAGUGGAAACAGGACCUGGAUUUAGGCCUAGACCUCAUCAGUAAGGCCAUUGAAAUUGACAACAAAUGUGAUUUUGCUUAUGAAACCAUGGGAACUAUUGAAGUACAAAGGGGUAAUCUGGACAAGGCUAUAGACAUGUUCAACAAGGCCAUAAACCUAGCCAAAUCUGAGAUGGAAAUGGCUCAUUUGUAUUCACUAUGUGAUGCAGCAUAUGCUCAAACAGAAGUGGCCCGGAAGUACGGUCUGAAACCUCCUACUCUGUAAAGUCUGUCUGCCAAGCGAAUGCCAGUCUCCAGUCUUCAUUGCUGAACGUACUUGUGUUAAAGUAAAAAUGCAACUGCCUGAAAUUGCUUUGUUAAAUGAAAAUUGUGAUGGAUACUGAAUGAUAAGAGGAGGAAAAUGCCUACAGUGUUUACAGUGUAAUAAAUGGCUCACUGUAAGAAAAGUAAUUGUGAAGAUUCCUUAGCUCAAUAGUAGAGCCAUAUUUUGCUCUGAAAAGGACAGAGAUGUUGAUGUAAUGAGUGGCAUGUAUUGCAAUGCAUACUUUCAGGAGUGUGAAAUUACGGAUAUAAUAUGCAAGAUUUCAUUAAAAAUAAUAGAACCACCAAGCAUGGUUUACUCUACAAGCUAUUUGUAGUUAAAUUAUAAAUUAAGUAAAUGUUUCCCUUUUGUCAGUUUUUUUGUUUUAUAUUUACAUGAAAUCAAGGUAGCACUUUGCGGGUCAAGUAACAGAACAAAACAAACUGCUUGCAUAUGUGCCACCCAACUGUUUGUUCCCCACAUAUACAGGUUUUGAGCAAUUUUUGUUACUGAAGCAAUCAAAUCUGCAAAGUUAUAAACUUCAGUGCAGGUUAUAUUUGCAACACAGAAAUUACAAGAAUUACUUUUUUUUUUUACACAUUGAAAUGUUAUAGUUUAUUACUAUUAAGCACUUAAUUUUACAUGACCAAUUAGUUGACAUUAAUCUUGAAAUCUUGCAUAGUAUGUAUUCAAGAAUUUCUUUUACAGCCAGUUUGAAGGGGGCUUCUGUGAGACAAAUCUAUUUACAGGGAUAUACUGUGAGAGCUUUAUAUAAUGAACUGUUCACUCACGAAAUUAUGCUCAACUCGAAGUGUGUUGUCCAUAUACUUCCAUAUUGUAACACAAGUCCAAUGCAAGGCUCAAAAGUAAUGGUCAAUUGUGUCUGUGAUUGUAAUGCUGGAUUUGAUCCCAUUUAUAAGAUACCUACAGGAGGUUGGUGUACUGUAGGUGCCUAAAGUUGUGUUAUGUUCAGAAUGCCUGGUUUAUUUUUUAUUUUAAUGACUAUUUGUGCGGCAUGUUCACACUCGAUGUAAAUGCUAUGCUUGUUCAAAACACUAGAAGAUUGUCUGAGGUAAAAGAUUUUAUUCAAAAUGCUAA